AUGGCGAAACAAUCUAAAAAAAAAACAUUAAAGGUCUUGGAAUCUAGAAUUGAGAAAUUAGAGCAAAAUAACGAAGGAUUACGUUCACAAUUAAAAUAUAUAGAAGAAAAGGUAGAAGAAUCCAAAGAAACUUUAUCCAAAGCCAAACAAGAAACUAAUAGUAAUUUAGAAAAAAAUGCUAGAGAACGAGAAGAAGAAGCCAAAGCCAAGCAAGAAACUAAUAGUAAUUUAGAAAAAAAUGCUAGUGAACGAGAAGAAGCAGCCAAAGCCAACCAAGAAACUAAUAGUAAUUUAGAAGAAAAAGUUAGAGAACUAAAAGAAAAGAUUAAAAAUAUAAUCGAAAGAAAUAACGGUUAUCCCGAAAUUUGUGAAGCAUUCAUUGGUAAAUUAUCUGAAAAUAAGAAUGGCCUAUUAUCAGGCUUUAAACGUGGUACAGAUAAUGAUGAUAAUGAUGUUAUUAGAAAAAUAAAUGUUGAUGAUGCCAUUUGUGGUCAUUUCUAG